AUGAUCUCGACAACGUCCAGCACGGCAGACAUGGUCACACAAGGCAAACUUCAGAUCAACGCUCUGGAGGAAGUAGAAGAUAAAAGCUCAGGCAGACUGGGAUGUUUCGGUUGGUUGUUGGUCAUCAUGUCAGGGCUCUUUGUAGCCGUCACCUUCCCACUCACAUUAUUUAUGUGUGUUAAGAUAGUGAACGAGUAUGAGCGAGCCGUCAUCUUUAGACUCGGCCGGAUCACAGACAGGAAACCCAAAGGUCCAGGACUUUUCUUUGUUCUGCCGUGCACCGAUAACUUUGUGAAAGUCGACCUGAGAACUGUGUCCUUUGACAUCCCUCCACAAGAGGUCUUGACCAAAGACUCAGUGACAGUGGCUGUGGACGGCGUUGUGUACUUCAGGAUAAACUGCCCGAUCUCAUCUGUGGCCAAUGUGUCCAACGCACACUCGUCCACGCGCCUGCUCGCACAAACCACCCUGAGGAACGCGCUCGGAACCAAGAACCUGGCCGAGCUGUUGGCCGACAGAGAGGGAAUCUCUCUCAGCAUGCAGGAAUCUCUGGAUGAAGCCACUGAUCGCUGGGGCAUUAAGGUGGAGCGAGUGGAGAUCAAGGACGUGAAGUUGCCUCAGCAGCUGCAGAGGGCCAUGGCUGCAGAGGCCGAGGCCACCCGGGAGGCCCGAGCCAAGAUCAUCGCUGCAGAGGGAGAGAUGAAGGCCUCCAGGGCUCUGAAAGAAGCCGCCCUGGUGAUCUCCGAGGCUCCGUGUGCUCUCCAGCUGAGAUACCUGCAGACGCUCAACUCCAUCGCUGCAGAGAAGAACUCCACCAUCAUCUUCCCUCUGCCCAUGGACAUGAUUCAGGGUUUCAUGUCCAAGAGAUGA